UCUGUGAUGCUCUUUUCCUGGAUCAAGGUCUCGAAGUCAUCAUUGGACGUAGGAUCUACAGAGAUGUCAUCCUGAGCAACGAGAGAGACAGCACCACCAGCUAAACGACAAACGUUAGCAAAAUGUCACAUGAACGGGUCAAGGAGCUGACGUACUCAAGGGAAAGUUGGUCCUGUUCCCAGAAGAUGCUCGUGAACCGCAAGGACCUUUGUUGUCAACGUCCCCAGCCCAAGGACGGUCCGGGGGCCACAUGAAACCGGCAGGUCCCAUCUCGUCAUCCUUGACAGUCGCAUUCGUAGGAAUGUCAUCUUGCCCAAAGGCAAAAGAUGCCAGCGUCAGAACAAGCAGAUUCUUCAACAUGAUGAUUGGGACGACAGAGUGACGAGAAUAACACGAGAUAAGCCAGAGACUUGCAGAAGACCGUGGUUACUGCUCUCUUCCAAACGAUGAGGGGAAACCAUGCUCGUGAUAUACACCAUUUCACGGAUACACCACCAUUAGCUGGUACAUGUGACACUGCGGGACUUUUGAACCGCCAAGUAACACACUGAACCCCUUGAGGCAAGAGAAAUGCACUACAACCUGGCCGUUGGCAUCUGAUUGACCCAUCCGGCAAUCGUGUGCCACCUAAAUCCGGUGAACCUCAACCUCCCCCUGCUUAUCAGAUGAUCAGAUAAGAUUUUGAUGCAUCCCGACGCUCUCAUUGGUGCGACGCGCUAACCGAGGACCGCAACUAGAUCACUUUUGGUCUAACGGCGAGGAUUAAAGUUGGUGCGAUAUCGGAUAUACAGGUCUAGAGUAUGCACUUUAUCUUGGCAUCAGGUCAUGGAAUUGUUGUUUGUCCAAUCAGUGAGGUUGAGGGUGUAGCCAGGAGCUCGGUGUUCUCGGGAUGCGGCGGAUAAUUGACCGGAAUGCAAUUUCCUGUUUUGCGCUGGACAUGGGAAGAACCUGUGAUCUAAACCUGACUGAGGGAAAUGGGCUUGUGCUAUGAGGAUUGUGCAGAUAUAUAGCCUUGGUCCUCCUUCCAUCCGUCUCUUCUCAUCAACUCACAGCUUCAUCCUUCAAGUCAUUCAAUCGUUAGACUUCACUCGUUCAAAAUGCAUUCUCUCGCUGCAUACACUCUUUUGGCUUCUGCCUCUCUUGCUGUCGCCAUCGAUCCCCGCUUUGAGUUCCCCGAUACUGUCCCUCUCGUCAAGCGUCAGCAGCCUGGUACCCCUCAGUACGCCUGCCACGAAGACUGCGGUCUCUUGAUCACUCUUGCUCGUGAUGACGAGGACUUCUGCGACAGCGAUGAGUGGAACGAACGCUACGGACGCUGCAUGUCGUGCGCCAACACCUACGAUAUCUGGAAGUACUAUGGCAGCGGCGUAGGCAGAGUCGCUCAGCAGUGUGGUCUUACUCCUAAGCCCAGUCCCUCUGGUUCCUCUGGUGCUGCCUCUACUACCGCUGAGGAGAAGCCUUCUUCCACUGCUGCUGAGGCUAAGCCCUCGACUACUGCUGUUGAGAAGCCUGCUACCACUGAGGUUGAGGAGGCUGAGACUACCAAGGCUGAGGAGCAGGCUACUGCUACUGAAGAAGCUGAGGAGGAGACCACUUCUGAGCAUGAGCAUGAGGAGACUGAGCAUGCUCACACUUCUACUGAGGCUGAGCACUCUGAGGCUCAUGAGCAUACUACUCUUGCUACUCACGCUGCUGAGACAACUCAUGCUGCCAACCCCACCAAGACUCAUGAGGCUGGUCACACUUCUGCUGAUGAGAUUGGAACUGUUGGUGUUACUGCUACCUCGACUCCUCUCCCAUCAAGUGUCAUCGUCAACGGCGCCGCCAAGCAGGUUGGUUUCUCCACUGCUAUGGUCGUCGUCGCCUUGGCCAUGUGCGGUCUCUAUUAG